AUGCAGGGACCAUCAAUCCCAAUUCCAAUUAGCCCUAGCAGAUUGAAAAGGAGUAUCGAUAAGAGUACGUUACUCAACGGAAGCAGAUCUAACACAGGAGAUCUUGACAUAAGCAGGGGCGGAGUAUUCACCUCUUCAAAGGGAGGCGGAGGCGGUAGUGAUGAGGGGAGUAGCCCAGAUGCAGCUGCAGGUGCAGGAAAAAGGGGUGGUCCACAUUGCGAGAUGAACAGAGAUGAAGGACAUGGCAAUGGCACAACAGAUGCGAACGCUGUAGGCGAGGAAUCGCAUCCAUAUUUCACCACGAUGAUAGUUGAGGGUAUUGGUACAUUGGAGGAGCACGACGGCUGA